AUGCAUGCAAUCCCGGGCAACGAUCUGUUCGUGAUACAGUACGAGGGAAGAGGGGACCAGGUCAGUUUCCACGUUGGCGACUUCAUCGCCUACCUUCACAACCUUCCCAGGCCACAAAACCAGGUUUUACAACCAUGGGAAGCCCGGGUGGCGAGACGAAUGUUCGCCAAAGAAUGGGAUCUUGCCGCGGAAAAGAUCUUACGGCGGGUCCCCCUCCCUACCCGAAUAGAAACGCCAGGUUUUGAAUCAUACAUCACUUUAGAAUACUUCAAUCCGGCCGUAUGGUUUGCUCUGCAGGGGAAGUACACCACCGCAAAUUUCCUUGCCGACCGAUCUCUACCAAAUUUCAUCGAGGAUCACUGGAGGAGGCUCUCGCUCCAGUUCGGUAGCAGCCGCACCGGCAAGUGGGAGUGCCAUGAUGCCGUCGACAAUUGCCGAUGUCCUGACUACACCCUAUCACAUCUGCUCGCCAGCGACGAAGCGAACAAGAUAGCUGAUGCUGUCCUGGAGGAGAUACUGUCUCAUGUCGACUCCUUGAUUGCCGGUCAAUUGACAAUGUUCAUUGAGAACUUUGAGGAGGAAAGGCGUCGCGCCGGUGUUCACAGUCUUCAAUAUUGGUAUCAGCCGCAACGCUCUGCAAGAACAUGGAAUUCUGUUGCAUGCUAUCCGGCGCUGGAGGCUGUCUCUAACCGUCUUCUAGUUGCAUUUGAAGAACUGAAAAAGAAUGACAGUUUCAGGUUAGUCGCAGAAGCGUGGAUACAGGUCUUUUAA